AUGGCCGGGACUUUGCAGGACCGCGUCCCGGCAGCAACCGGGCCGUUCGCAGGAGGAUCCACCGAAGGCACCCCCUGCCGCAACAGAUCCCACUCCCUGAAAUCUGAUCUGGGUCGCCCGCAAAGCUUCGGACAGCUUCCCCUGCUUUCCACCCUAGACGAGCCCAGCCGCCUCCAACUCUACGACGCCUACACGGAUGUGCUCGUGAAGAAGGCGAGCAAGCGGCAGCAGCAGCGGCAGGGCGAUGCCGCAGCUGCAGCCGGCGGCGCUGCCACUGCCGUCGUUGCGUCCAUGUCUUCCGAGGAUUUGAUGCGUUUGCUUCCCGGGCAGCUGGAGUGGCAGGUCGUGCUGGGGGACGUGCAAGCCCCCACAGGGCAAAUCGGCGUGGCCGCCUUAAAGCUUCUGGGGUUCGUUCUGCAGUCUCCUGCGGCGGCUGGGCAGCUCCCCGAGGAGCAUUGUGGGCGCCUGGUGCACGUGCUACUGGAGGGCAUGCGGAGGGAGGUCAAUAAGGACACCUGUACCCCGCGUCCCCGCCGCCACCCCGCGGCCACACCACACACACAUAGACACGCCCUGUCGCCCGGUCUUGUCCGGGGUCGCUGCAAGCUCUCCAUGUGGGUAGUCCAGACUCAGCAGCUACCCCCCAGCUGCCUCUGCGGACAGGGGGCCGCCCUGUUGGAGGCGCUGGGGUGUUGCCUGCCGCUUGAUAACCCCUGGCAAAGGCAGGUACCAACACAGCGUCGGAGGGGAUUGCGGGCAGUUUCUGCGGUGUGGGCGGUACAGCGCUUGAUGGCUCAGUUGCCUGAUGAGGCAACCCGCCAGGCGGGCAGCUGGGCGCCAGCGGUGUGGACACUGAUGCUGGCGACUGCCCCUGCCCCUGGUGGGGAGGGGGCCCCAUCGGGGGGCAGCGCGCCCUCCAAGGCCGACAGCUACCAGCAGAUCCGCGAACAUGCCGUACAGCUGACGCGCCAACUGGCGGCGGCGCUGGCGGCGCGGCGGCGCGGCGAGCCGCUUCCUGCUGCCGCGGCCGCCGCCAGCCCCGCGAGUUCGGCCAAGAUCAGUGGCGGUGGCGGCGGCGGCGGCGGCGCUUCCGAGGAUAAGGUGACGGCGGCGGCGGCGGCGGAGGCCGAGCUGGUUGGCCGGCAGAUGGCGUCGCGGCUGACGGGGGGCUUGUUGACAGAGGUGGCUAAGAUGGUCUCCAGGGUGACUACCCUGCCGCGCGGGUGUGCCGCCCCGGAGCCGGCAGUGGAGGAGGCCGUGGCGGCGAUUGGAGCCUGGGGGGCGGCGGUGCGGGUGCUGGGGCCGGCGUUUUUGCGUGUGACUGGCCUGGGGCAGAAAAUGCUGGAUCCGCAACCACCACAACCACAACAAGCCGGAUUAGGACAAGGACAUGGUGGUGGUGGUGGCAGCGCGUCAUCAAGUGGCCUCAGUCACCUUCGGCUGACGGUGGCGCCCAUCGAGCACGCCGUCAAGCACGACAAGCGGCCGGAGGUCCGCCAUGCCGCAUUGGAUUGCUGGCAGCACCUCAUCAAGCUGCUAACGCGCUCGUGCGAUGCGGGCGACGGCAACGGAGUUGGCCAGUACGCGGUCACUUGCGAUGAUGAUGGCGGCGGCGGCGGCGGCAUGGGGCCGCGAGGGCACCUGCAAUCGGCGCUGGCCGCCGCCAUCUCAACACUGGAGUUUUCGGAUCUGCAGCGGAUGCAGCCAAUGCCGUACAUGCAUCCGUACGUGCCUCACGCCGCCGGCGGCGGCCACCGGGCCCAGCAGCUGCUGCCGCGAGACCCAGUGGGGGCCGUGUCGCCUGCCGUGUGGGCUGUGGCGGUGGUGCCGGUAGCGAAGGUGGUGCUGCUGCAGGUGGCUGCACCGCCGCCGCCGCCGCCGGGAGCGUCGGGUUCGGCCGCCGCGGCCUCAACUUCUCCGGCUACGGCUACACCGGCGGGACUUGGAGGCGGCGGCGGCGGCGGCGGCGGCGGCGGCGAGGUUCCUGACCACCGGGUCGCGGAGCUGCAGCUGGUGCUGGCCACUCUGACAAGUACGACAUGUACGGCAAUCAUGAAGCCGCUGGCGGAGCUCAUUCUGGUUACGCUGCCGUCCCCGCUACCACAACCGCUACCACCCGGCGGCGGCGGCGGCGGUAAGACGGGGUGCCCGGCAUCUGGUCCAAAGCAGCCCGGGGAAACCACACCCCCUUACGUGUGGACCGCAGCGGCGGCAGGUAUGAAGGCGGUCGUGACGGCGGCUGCAGCCGGGUCCCGAUCCGCGGCUGAGCUGUGGGCCGCGUUGCUGAGGCGCAUGUUCCGCUGCGCCGCCGAGCAGGUGGCGGCGGAGGCAGCGGCGGCUGUGCAGCCCGCAGCCUUGCCGCAGCCGCCAGGGCAACCAUCGGAACCGGCGGCGGCGGCGGCGGUAGCGGCGGAAGCCGCGAAAGGGUCGGAUUCUCCUGCAGCGGCGGCGGCAGCGGCGACGACGACGACGGUGCCGUCGUCGUCUGUGUCACUGCUUGAAUCCUGGCAGGCCUGGGGCAACACAGCGGAAAGAGUGUUGUCAAUACUCCUGAAUACAUCGUCGGCGCCGUGCCCCUCGGCAUUAAAGGACGAGCCAGACGCGGCCAUCGGCAACGGCAAGGCCAGCGCUGGCGGAGGCGCCGCCGGCGAUAACAGUGCGAAUGGCAACACGGCGUGGACCCUGUGGCUGCAGUUCUGUUGCGCUUCAGUCGCACUCCUGGAUCCUUUACCUGCCGACGCCAACGGUUGCGGUUGCGCCGAUGCUGACCCGAUCGUGCAGCGGUCGCCGCCGCCGCCGCCGCCGCAGCAGCAGCAGCAUUUUCAGCUACGCCAGCUACGGCAGAGAGCCGUCCUGCAGCGGCUCCUUCGCGAGCAUGCCGGGCCGCAGCUGGUAAGGCUCCUCAAGGGGCUAAUUUGGUGGUCGUAUAAUUCGCCACGUGGGCUUGACGCCGUCAGCGGCGGCGGAGCUGAGGUGGCCCGGCAGCCCGGUGAGCGCCGGGGCUCUUCGGUGUGUGCGGACGCCGUGGUCGUGUGGCUCGCCGUCGGCCGUACACUUGACCCGCUCUCGGCGGCGGCGGACCCGCGCUGCUUGGAAUGGUGGGUCAGCUGGCGGGAUCAGUUGCGAAGUUUGUUGUUAUGCGAUGUGUGGGCUCACGCCAGGGUGGUUGGCGCCACCGCCGCUGGCGGCGGCGGCGGCGGUACAGCGGCGGUAGCGGCACCGCGGCUCGCCGCGCUAUGCUGCCUGGCAUUGCGGCCGCCAUCGUCGCUCUCAACCAGAUCGCCGCGGCGCAGGCACUGCAGCGGGCCCGAUGGCGGCGGUGCGGAUGGCGACAGCGACGCCAACGGCGGCGCCAGCCGCCCUAGAGACCGCAGCAAGCGCAGGCCCCGAUCGCCGUCGCCAUUGCCACGGCGUUCCCCGUCGCCAUUGCCACGGAUGGCCAGAUUGGAUCCAAAUCUGGAUCCAAGACUUCCGUCGGCCGCGGAGACGUGUAGCAUUGGGGGCCCCGGGAGGACAGCGACGUGUGGACCUGGCGGCGGCGGCGGCGGCGGCCAGCCGCUGUGUCCGUACACCUGGACGCUGUGGGAGACGGCGGCGGGCCUCCUGACGGGGAUGGGGUCACUUGAGGAGGACGCGGCAGGAAAGGGCGGUGGUGGGCAGGCUGCGCUGCUAACGGGGCCCCUGCUCCCUGCCGAGGGCGGCCAGGGCGCCAGCCGGCGGCGGAGGGAAGCGGCGGAUGCAGUGGCGCAGCUUCUGACGGCGCCGCUGGAGGCCUUGCUGCUGCCGCAGGCGCAGCCAGGUGUGCGCCUGGACGCAGCUGGUGGGGAUGGCUUUGCAGACGGCACGCGUAUGGCGGCGGCGUGGAAGGGGCUGCUGGCGGCGUUGCUGCAGCACAGCCGUCGCGCGCAGUACGGCAUUGCGUCGGGCAGCCGCGGUGCAGGCAGGCCUGAUGGUGUCGUUGUUGCCGCACAAGGCGUUGCUGAACGCCUGUGUGAGCUGCUACACGUGCAUAACGCCGACGCGAGCCGCCGGACGCCCGCGGCCGCCGGGGUCGAGGAGUCCGCAGCCCGGGGGGUGUCGGCAGCCUCAGCGGUAGCAGCGCUCCCCGCACAUGCACCGGCAUGGCGUCUGCUCGCCGUGGCCACAACUGCGCUGGCGCGGCACCUUACGUCAACGUACGACGCCGCGUCGUCGUCGCCGGCCGCCGCCGCCGCCGUCAGCAGCAGCAUUACCCAGGAGGGUCCGCGAUUGCGGACGCCGCCUCCUGCCGCCAAUGGCAGUACCUGUACGACACCAAUGAAAGGGAGUGCCGCCGCCGCCGCCGUCACGGCGACGAUGACUCCGCGCUGUUCGCCCUUGACGCCGCCGCCCAGCACACCAGGCGGUGGGGGCAGUGCCGCUGCCGCCGCCGCCCUAACGCCCCGUCGAACUCGCGGCGGCAGCUUGGAACCCGUGGGUCCAACCGCUUCAGCCGCGGCGUCUCUGGCCGCCGCCGCCACUGCGUCCGUACCCGGAGGCGUGUUGCCACCGCCGUCGACGGCCUCAGCAUCUGGCGCUGCACUGGGGCCCGAGCUGCUGGGGGCAUUGGUGACGGCCGCCACAGCGGCAACGCUGAGGUCUGCUGGGGACUGGACUCCUUUGAGCACGGUGGUUCCGGAGCACUCCUGUGGCGGCGGCGGCGGAAGUGACAACGGCAACGGCACCAACGGUCUCAACGGCCCGCAGGAGGCUGCGCAUGCUGUUAACAGGAUCAUGGAAAACCCGGUUUCGGGGCUAGGCGGCUUAACGGACACGGCAGCAGCCAUGCAGCAGCAGCAGCAGCAACUGGAAGGCCUGUGUAGCUGUGCGGCGACGGAUGCAUUGACGGAGGCGCUGGAUGCCGUACCAGAUGUGCUGAUGCCGCUGGCGCGACUGUCGGCAGGCGGGAUGGUCGGGACGAACUCUGCGGCCGCCACUGCCGCCGUCACCGCUGACACAGCGUUGCAGUCGCUACAGCUGGCGCUGCUGGCUGUAGUGCGGGAUCUGCUGCCGCGGGUGCUGCGCGGCCGCCAACGGCACGGCGUCGACUGCGCCGCGGAUGCGGAUUCAGGCGCGGUUAAUGGUACAGGCGGCGCUGGGGUGGAGAAAAAAAGCGGCGCUGGCGGCGGCGACGCAGCCAUGGGCGUACGGCUGGGUGUCGUACAUGUCGCCACCGCGGUGACGGCGGUAAUGGGGCUCUUGUGUCACCUGCGGCGACGAGGGUGUGACGUCACCGCGCAGCUGGAUGGUCUUGCGCCGUUGCUGGCAGCUUGCCUCAGGUCGGGCAACCUGAAUGAGACCCCUCCCGAGCGGACGACGGCAGUUGUCGAUGCAGCGGCGGCGGCGGCCGGGACAUCCCCGUCCGCGGCAGCGGCGGCGGCGGCGGCGGAGGCAGCGGAGGCAGCGGUGCUACCGCAAGCAACGGCCCUGGCCUUGGAGUCGUUGUUGGCGGGUCGUAUGCCCCGUCUGCACACGCGGGUGGCGGCGCACCUACGGGGGCUACUGCUGCGGGAGCAACAGCUGGCCAUAGCGCAGACGGCGUACUGCCAGACCAGAGGCCCUGGGCCGCCGCCGCCAGCUUCGAUUGCGGGGGGGCCGGGGGCCGGUAGCGGUGGUGGUGGUGGUGGUGGCGGUGGUGGUGGUGGGCUACAGCUGCUGUUGUUAGAGGUCGCCGCCGGAGCUGGUGGGGCUGAUGGAGGUGGGGGCCAGGAGCCAGCGGCGUCAGUGCACGUCGUACCGGCCGUUGAUCUCGCACCGCUGGCGCUGCCUCAGGCUGUGCAGCUCGCGGUUGAUGAGCGGGCAUGGGACGGCACGCUCUUGCUGCCGGACAGCCAGCUUCAGGCGGCGAAGCUACCGAGGCGGACGUAUGCGCAGCAGCCGCCGCGGCACCCGCCAACGAUGGCCGCACUGGCGGCGCCGCUGCCGCCGCAGCGACAUCUCGCCAAAGCACAGACGCCGCCGAGGGAUAAGGACGUGCAAUCCGGCACGCCAGGCCAGCCAGCCGCGGGCGCCGCCGCCGCCGCCGCUGCCAAGCUUUCGAACCCGGUAGGUCGCCGUACUCCUAUCGCUGCCAAGCGUGCCUUCCUAGACUCGCAAACGGAGUACGUCCGCAUACCGCCGCCGCCGCCAGCGCCUGGUGGAGCCGCCGCCGCCAGUGCGCCGUCCGGUUGUGGCGGCUCGAAGCGCCGGCGGCGGUGCACUGGCGUCACCACCUAUACGGCGCUUGACGGCUCGCAGAAUGGACCUGUGGGUCUCAUUGGCAUCGGGAGCGAAAGCCAGGACCAGGGCUCCGAAGACGAAGGCAUCGAUGAGGGCACUGUAUUGGGAGGUAGUCGCGAUGUCUGGGACGGGAAGUGCGCGACCGCGGGCGGCGUCCAGGGCGCCGCCGCCGCCGACGGCGGUGGUGGCGGCGUCGACGGCCCGGUACGUCAUCCUUGGCAGGUGACUGGCGCGGCUAAUGCGGGCUCCGUUGAGCCCGAAGGAUGUACGGCUUCCUUCGCAAAGACGCCGCCGCCUUCUGUGCCGCCGCCUAAACAGCUGCCGCAGCCGCAGCCGCAGCCGCCACCGCCGCUGCCUGACGGGAGCGCGGCAGCUGCCAAAGCCGCCGCCGUCUAUUCAGCCGCCACCGCUGUCGCGGUCACCCCUAAUGCCGCGCUCGCCAGCGGCGCCAACGAUGCAACGGUGCAACCUGCUGCCGCGACGCAGCCGCCACGGACGCCGCCGCCACUACACGGGCACGGCGACGUCGACGUCCCGCCCUCGCAUAUUUCCGACCCCCUGCCGAGCCAUGCAUCCGGCCUUCUAAGGAAUACAGGAAUCUUGUCGUACGGUACGGAGCUGGGGGCUCCAGCACCGGCAGCGGCGGCGGCGGUGGUACAGCAGCUGCAGGGCCAGGAGUCUGGGGCCAUGGAGGUCGACCAUGUGGACCAUGUGGGUAUUGAAGCAGCGGCUAAGGUGGAGGGUUUGACGUCAUCGCGGCUAGAAAAAGGAGACGCUCUCGCGGCGACUGUGUCCCAGGGAGGCGACCGUUGCGGGGCCUCGGCGGCACCCUUGGCGCCGGCCGCCGCUGCAACAACGCUUUCGGAUGACAUCAGCGGCGCGGCGGUGAGUACGGCAGCGGCUACGGCCGCUGAGCUGCUGACGGACGGCGCAUCCCAACUGGACCUGGCGGAGGGCUGUGACGUCACAUGUACGGGUGCAAUGGGCGCCGCUGGCCCGAGGGCGGCAUGGCUCUCCCCUGCAGCUGGAGCCUGUGCUCCGCGGCUGCGUAGCUGCACCGACGGAUCGUCAUUGCGUGCUCGGCCUCUUCCCAUACCUUGGGCCGCAGCCGCCGACCCAGUAGCACCAACAGCCGCAGCAGCAGCACCACCACCAACAACAACAACACAGCAAGCCAUGGCGGUGCGCAUUGGUAUGGAGGCUGUCGCACCCCCCCCGGUGGCGAGGCCAGCCGCCGUUGCCGCUCCUGCAACUGAUGCCGCUACUAAUGCUACUUCUAUGUACACCGUCGCCGUGGCGGCAGUGGACGGAGUGGAUGAGCUAUUAAUGGAGCCUACUCAGCAGCAGCAGCAGCUGCAGGAGGCGGCCGUCGCGGCCGCCCUCCGGCGGAAGCGCCAACGGGGCCAGGUAGACCCCGCUGCGGCCGCUGCUGCCGCUGCCGGUAUCGCCCAGGGUGGCGGACUCUGCACGGCGAUUGGCAACGGUGCAACACCCGAUGGAGAGUCAAGUGGCGCUGACGUCGGCUCAAAGCGUCGCAAAUGCGGUACGGGCGACCCGCAGCAGUCGGGGGCCGGCGGUGACGGCGGUGACGCCUCCGCCGGGGGAUUAGGGAUCGCCUCUGCGGGGUUGCCACUGCAGCCGCUGCAUAGGAAGCAUGUGACGACGCCAAGCGGCAGUGGUACCGCUGCAAUGGCUGUAGCGGGCAUUGGCGGCGGUGCCGGCGCAAGGGGCACAGGCCCGGGGCCGGAGUCCAGGUCUGCGGAGGCGGUGACUGCGGUGGGGGAGAUUCGGCGGACCCUGUCCAACCUGCAGGCCGCACUGGGAGACAUGGACAGUGCGCUGUUGUUGGAGACCGAGAUGACGAUUGAGAUUCCUCAGGGAGGGCUCCGCCGCGCAGCGCAGUGGCCGGCUGCCUCUUGA